GCUAACUUCAUGGAUAUGAACGCGGUUCAUGUCAAAAAUUCAGUCGUAAUAGGUUUAUUUUUAAUACGUAGUGUGUAAAAAAAAAAAAAAGAUUGAAACAAUAAAUUUUGUAAAGAAAUAUUUUAAAAAUUGAAGUCAUAUUUGCAAAUUUGCCUUCCGCGUUGAAGGCCUGGUUUUUGGGUCCGGGACUUGCCCGUUGGGCCGUCUCGGCCCAAGAGGAGAUGUCUUUGCGGGCUGCAGCAUAUCGUCUUAUACAAAAUGGUCGGGUUGUUUUGCAAACCCUUAGAAAUCAAGAACACCACGUUAAUAGCUGCUACUAUCGAGGACAGCUUAACAAGAUACACGUCUCACAAGUAGGAAAAUCCCAGGGCCAUGUGCCUCCGGGUACCGGUACUCCAACUACUGGUUGGCGUCUUGGCUUUCUGGGGACUCAAGCACGACAAUUAUUCGUUGAUAAUAUAUUAAAAAGAGUGACAAAUAGUUUAGCUGCAAAUUUACGUCGUCGAGCAGCAAGUCGUUUACUUUUUGGAGAUUCGAGACCAUUUUUUGCUCUAGUCGGUGUUUCUCUAGCAUCCGGAACGGGGAUACUGACAAAAGAAGAUGAAUUGGAAGGUGUCUGUUGGGAAAUUAGGGAAGCAGUAUCUAAAUUACAAUGGAAUAAACCGCAAAACGAUAAAAAUUAUGAAACCACCUUAAUUGAUGAUAGAACAACAAAUUUACAAGAUUUCGUUAUUGGUCCAUUAAUAGCGAAAGGUUGUUCAGCUGUUGUUCAUGCGGCACGUUUACAAACUAAUAAUGAAAAAGAAGAGAAUAAUCAGCUUGUCAUUGAUAAUAAUAGUAAAAUUUCUAUUUUUCCCUUGGCAAUAAAAAUGAUGUUUAACUAUGAUGCAGAAUCGAAUGCUAUUUCAAUUUUAAGGGCAAUGUAUCGUGAAACUGUACCAGCGAGAAAACAUUAUCAAAAUGAAGAAUUAGCAAAUUGGGAACAAUUAAUGAUUGAUAAUAAACGAGUAUUACCACCACAUCCAAAUAUUGUUGCAAUGUAUUCAGUAUUUGCAGACAGAGUACCUAAUUUACCAGGAUCUUUAAAAGCAUAUCCAGAUGCUUUGCCCUCGCGAAUCUAUCCAGAUGGUUCGGGAAGAAACAUGAGUCUUUUUCUUCUUAUGAAGAGAUACGAUACAACAUUGAAACAGUAUUUCACCGAUCGGAAUAUACGAACUAGAGAGUCAAUUUUAUUAUUCGCGCAAUUAUUAGAGGGAAUCGCUCAUAUGAAUUCUCAUGGUAUUGCUCACAGAGAUUUAAAGAGUGAUAAUAUUCUGCUCGAUUUAUCAGAGGAACAUGAUAAUUGUCCAUCGUUGGUAAUUACAGAUUUUGGAUGUUGUUUGGCUGAUAAAAGUCAUGGAUUAUAUCUUCCUUUUAAUUCUCUCGAUAUCGAUAAAGGUGGUAAUGUCGCAUUAAUGGCACCAGAAAUUGUAAAUGCAGUUCCAGGACCAUUCACAAAUAUAAAUUACACUAAAGCCGAUCUUUGGACGGCGGGAACAAUUGCUUAUGAGAUUUUUGGUGCGAGAAAUCCAUUUUAUUUCGAUAAAAAUGAAUCGGAAAAUUUGAAAAAUUAUAAUUAUAAAGAAGAAGCUCUUCCACCACUUCCAGAAGGUGUUCCAUCGAUUAUUUCCGCUUUAGUAAAAAAUAUGCUCUCACGAAGCUUAUACAAACGACUGAGUACAGAGAUGUCAGCAACGAUUAUACAACUAUAUCUCUGGGCACCAAGUUCCUGGUUACAAAAAGAGGGCAAAAUUCCAUCCAGUAAUGAGAUUCUUCAAUGGCUUUUGUGUUUGACAACAAAAGUACUUUGUGAAGGUCGAAGAAUGUCGGAUGAUAUUCAAGAUGAUUCAUUAGAAGAAAAUGAACUUUAUUUCGAGCGACGAAAUAAUUUUCAACGAAGUCUCUCGACACAAUCAUGCGGUCGUAGAACAAUGCCUGAAUAUCAGCUUAUCGCAAGUUUUCUCAGUAGAGUCAGUCUUGGAAAUGUCAGAGAUGGUUUAAAGUGGAUUCAAAAAAAUGCAUAAACUCCUUCGAAUUCGAGGAAAUAAUAUAUAGUACUAAAUAAAUUAAAAGUACUUCACAGAAAAAGAAAUAUAUUUCAACUUUCGUAGAGCAUUGAAUCAAGCUUUCUCGAAAAUAUGAUAAAAAAAAAAUUUAUUGUGCUUAACGAAAGUGAUUUUUUUUUUUUCAUAAAUUUGUUAUCAAACUUUAUUUUUGAUACUUAUAGAAUCACAAAAGAGAAAGAGAAAAAUCAUCAAUGAAAAAGAAUUGAUCUGAUAAUAAUAAAAAUCGUUUUUCAACGGAAAUUAUCGAAUUUUUAAGAAUUGACUCUUUUGUGAUUCAGGAGCCUUAAAUAAAAUAAAAAAUUAUUUAAGUAUUUAUUUUCGAGAAGAAAAAAAACAAUUAAAAUUUUUUUUAUAAUUGUACAUUUAUUGUUACCCGUGAAUAUUUUCGUGAUAAUUUCAUGUUAAAAAUUUGUGAGAAGAAACACAUAAAAAAAAAUUUUACAAAACCUAUCAGAUACUUAAUUUUCAUAUUUUCUUUUCUAAGGAAUAAUUUUCAAAUCAGCUUUUACAAGAUUAUAUUUUCAAAUUUAAUAAUAAUAUCGUCAUUCUUAAUAAUAUAUGUGAUUGUUUAUUGAAUUAUUUAUUCACAAUAAUUUCAAUAAUAGUGAUAAAAAGAAAGUUAAAUUUGUAUAAAUUAAAAAUCAGAGUGUCUUUUAACAAUAUUGUUCUAAUGAAAAUAAAAUUGUACAUAGAAUUUGAAAAUAA